AUGAAGGCGUUCUGCAGUGCUCUGCUGGCUCUGUGCUGGGCUUUCAGGGUCGGGGAAUCUCGAGAGAGCCUCCUGAUGCAGAGCCGGCGCUGCUACAAUGACUACACCUCCCGGACCACCUGCAUGUGGCAGGAGUGCACAGCGGCACGUCGCUUCCUCAAUGUGACUCUUCACCAUGAGGACAAUAUAGGCGACUCCUCCUCACCCUUUUUCUCUGCACAUAGGAGAAGCACACAGAUCCCAUGUGAGCCUCAGGGAGGCAAGGAGUUGCCGAUCUGCCAGGACUCCUGUGUCUGCUGGAGCUGCCACGGGAACAGCAUCCAUUUUGGACUUCGGGUGAACGACAAUUACAGUUUCAAACCUGAUCGGUUGCUGCAGGCUGAGCUGAACGUCAGCCUCUUCCAGAAUGUCCAGACCCUCCCACCUCAGAAGCGUUGGAUCAAUGUCACAGAAGCAGCCUGGGAAGCAGCUGGAGGGAGAAAGAGAAGACACCGGCUGCCCAAUGAACUGGAGCUUGACAUGACCUACAAGCAAGAGUGGGAAUCCUGGGAGAAAUCUUCCUCGCUGUCAGUCGCAAAAUCCUCCCAUUGCCUGCUGAGUUGUGAUGCCCUUGUGCCAGGCAGCACCUAUGUAGCUCGUGUGCGAUCCAAGCCGAGCCGGGGCGCUGGUUGGUCUGGGCAGUCCGGCGAAUGGAGCACUGCCGUGUCCUGGAAGUCCCAGGAAGGGGAUGAGGCUCAGCCCAAGAACCUUAGCUGCCUCUUCAAUGAGGUUGAUCGGCUAAUGUGCAGCUGGGAAGUGAGGAGAGAGGUCACCAGCUCUGUCUUGUUCACGCUCUUCUACAGAACCCCACCAGCAUCAGAAGAGACAGAAUGCUCUCCAGUCCAUGAGGAGGAAUUGCCUGGCAGCCACUACCUGCUCCACAGCUGUGAGAUCAAUGUCACCAACCCCAGCAGGCUGAGCCAGUACCUCAUAACUGUCCGGCCCAAGAAGUAGGAGAAACUGAUAGAAGCCACCCAAAACAUCAAGCCGCUUGCGCCUGUCAACGUGACAGUGAUAAAGACGAAAGACCAGGAGUAUGAGCUGAGAUGGACAAAACAGAUCCUAAGCUAUGACCAUAUAGGCCAGAGAUAUGAAUUCUUGUAUUGGAAGACUGGUGACUCUUUGGAGAAUGCCCAGAUUGUAAACAUCAGCAAUGACAAGCCUCCCCGCAUCAUCACCCUGCAGAUGCUGGAGCCCUCCACACACUAUAGGGGGAAAAUGCGGGCGAGGGUGCACUCGGAUGGCUACAAGGGGUCCUGGAGCGAGUGGAGUGAGGAGUGCACCUGGGAAACAGAGUCAGUCUCUUCACCACUGAUCCUCCCACUGCUGGUCCCAGCCUUCACCAUCAUGCUGAUAGCAUUUGGCUGGUGUGGUUAUAGAGGCUUACUCAGCAAGAAGAAAAAAUGGGAGGAAAAGAUUCCAAAUCCCGGCAAGAGCCAGCUGCUCCAGAGCUACUUCCAGGUAAGAGAGAACUGCUGA